AUGGCGUCUCCUCUAACUCUCGACCAUCGAAGUCAGCUCAGCUGGACCUCAUCAGAGCCGACCAGCCCUCAGACAUCUUGGCUGCUGUCAGCGAGUGGUCGCAAAAGCCAGGCCGAUACUCCUUGCACGCGGUUCUCCCUUGCGAGCACCAUCUUAUCAGAGGCUGAAGCACUCAUCAGAAGACCGACCAUCGAAGUUACUGAUCCCACUGUUCGCCCGCCUGGAAAUCUCAAACGAAAGACCACGUUAUCGCCAUGGUCUUUACUCCAACCCACCAAAGGUCGGAGUACUAGUAGUCCGAACCAGGGCUCUCCGGUAUUCGACAGGGAACAGCCUAAAUCGAGAACAGGCUUGCGAUGGUGGCCAUCGAAUCGAUCUGUAGUGGACAGCAACAAACCUCGGAAAAAGAUCAGUCCACCUGUUCCCCCGCGACCAGAUACUUUCCAAACUCGGGUGUUUCUCGAGUCGAAACCUGAGGUGUGGCAAGGGACGACCAGUGGCGACACAAAAACUGAUGGAGCAUCGGGUCACCGACUGGUUUCGUCUUUGAGAGUAGGAUGCCGAACUUCACUCGGUCAGUCCCUUACUGGGCUAGAUCCGGACAAAGCUAGCGGAGAUUUUUCUCGAGUCCAUCAAGAUGGCUGGGACAAAGUGAUACUCAAACAGCGAAUGGAAGACCAGUUCAGCAAUACUCUCCGCGAGACAGACGAGGAGCGAAGCGUUUACAGUCAAGACAACGGCGAGGAGGAGGCCAAGCAAAUGUUGACCUCUCGACUUACAUCGGUGAUUAAUGACAAUGGGUUUCUUGCCGGCGAAAUGACCCCGUUUGAGCCGGAGACGGAGAUUGUGCGCGAUGCCAGCCUAGACGCACAACGUCGUUCCGACCGACAUGAGAGAUAUGUGGAGGCUGGGCAGCUUGAGACGAAGAUGGCUCCGCGGUGGCCAUUUGACGGAUCGAUAUCGCCAGCAGAAUUGGCAAAAUUGACAUCCACUUUGCCUUUCUCGCCCGUUCAGCAUUGGCUGUCCCCCGUUAGACCUCCUUCGGCGGUUCAUUCCUCGUCCCCAGCAGUGCGCGACGAUGAAGCCAAAGACAAGGUCAGGAACUUUCCCGGCCCGACUCUACAGCAACACGGUGACAACAAGGGUCUUCGUCCCACGAGUGAACAGACAUCGACGUCCCACGUGGCUCCACAACGUUCCUCAAAAUGGAGUGUUCAGCACAAAGCGGUCCCGAUCUCGAUGGCGUUGUGCGAACCUGAGAUCCCAUCCCUGACUCCACAACCUCUAAAUCUUCACUCACCACGCCGACCACGGGCACUCACAAACCCCCUCGCCGGCAUCCCGAAGGACGAUAAAUCUCUCUCGUACGACUCUCCAGCUCAGGUCCUGCCAUGGAGUCAACAGCUACAGACAAUAUCACUGAUCCCAGUAUCGAUCAAUUCUUCCUCCUCAUGGUCCACAAUCCUCUGCACCGAUGGCCACGACAGCAGCAGCAACAACAAUGACCGUAGCAAUACCAAUAGUAAUAGCAGCACCAGCAGCAAUAUCAGUGUGCCCCAAAAACCAGUCCCUAACACUUCUCACUUGCCUACAAACCGACCAAGCGACAAAAACAAGCCACUACCUCUUCUCCCGGACGAACCGACCACCACUCCAGAUGGACCAGAACGAGAACGAGAACGAGAACAAGAACCUGAACCGGGAGCUGAACCGGGACUAGAACCAGAACACAAAUUGAUCCAGAGCCAAGGGACCCGCGACUCCCUCACCGAUACCAUUGACCAGAUCUUGGAUCUAUACCACAGCCAGAGCCACAGCCACAGCCACCGCAGUAUCAAUGACAAACGUGGUCGGCACCGCCAAAACACCGCCAUGCAGCCUGUUUCUUCAUUUUCGUCAUCAUCUACCACAUCAACCUCGACCUCGACAUUGACAUUGACAUUGACUCUCCACCCCUCCCCACCUGAACCGUCUAGACGGACACCAUGCACGCCGGACACGGACGUGACUUUCACGAACGUGUCUGGUACGAAAUCGUCUGCCACACCUACACCUUCAUGUACACCUGCACAUACGCCUACUCCGACUCCAAUUCUGGCUGCCACUCCGCCUCCUAUCACCUCCUCUAAAGCCGGCGCAAGGGCCUCCUGUGCGCCGAGUCGAGCCUCGCGAUUGCAAUUCGAACAAUCAUACCCGAUCUUCUACGACGGCCUGUCGUACCCUGAGUUGGAGUUGGACUCAGGUGACGGGAGGAAGGAGCGGAGAAUGCAUCGCAAUCAGCAUCGCGAUCGACACCGUAAUCAGCAUCGUAAUCAGCACCGCAAUCAGUCUCGGCGUCAGGAUAUGCAUCAGGCCGUUGACCUUGAUCUUGAUCUCGCUCUCAAUACUAGUAGUAUCAGACAGGAUCAAUCCCGAUGCAUGUGGUCCAGCUCAGGAAGGGCGGUCGUUACGUUCGUGGAUGAUGUUGGGGAAACGUGGAUUUGA